GAAAAAUGAGAGAAACAUUUAUUAUCAGGUGACAGCAGCAGCGUGGCCAAUUUUUAAAGAUGAUUGGCCGUCGCUGUGCCCUCAUCGCUUUGGGCGGUCUUUUGAUUCUUGUUCUUAGCGUCAAUGUAUAUUUCAUUCGAAUGAUUGUAGAAAGCUCGUCACAAAAAGCCUUCUCUAAAGACAUGCCCAUUACGCAAUUAAAAUCGCAAGAGCAGUUAAUAUCUCAAGUAGAACAAAACUUACAAGUACCGCAAAAAUCGGUUGCGAAAGAUAUGGUGAAGAAAAUUAGAGAAGAGAUUCAGAUAUUACCUUUGAGAUAUUUUAAACAGAAUAUUACCUAUACAAUAGUAUUGGAACGAUUGUUAACUGAAUUAAGGAUAAUGCCUAACGUUCGUGAAAAUAUAUGGAGUAUUCCUAAUAGCAAUUGGCCUGAUGCUCAUCAGUUAAUUCCACCGGUUGCGCCCGAGUUAGGGACAAUUCUGGAUAUUUUGCGCAAAUCAAAAGUAAUGCGUGCAGAUAACGCACCACUUGGUACGCAACUGAAGCUGAUGUUAACCUUGGAACAUGGAACAAAAGCGAUGUUCAAGCCUCAGUGGUAUUCUAGGGACACUAUUAUCCGAGGGCCUGUUUAUCACGGAAAAGACCGGCACAAUGCUGAAGUAGUAGCGUUUCAUUUAGCCUCCUUACUGGCCUUGAGAAGAGUGCCGCUUACUGUUAUAAGAAAAUUUGACUUAAGGAAUGAGAUUCGUCCACGGGCAACUCCUGAACUGUAUGCUACUAUGUAUCAAGAUGGUAAUGAUACUUGCCUAUAUGGUGUUUGCCAUUAUUGCUCUCCUGCAAAUCCAGUUUGUGGAACAGGAAACAUACUGGAAGGUGCUUUAAUUUCCUGGUUACCGCGAUAUUUAAGACUAGUAAAGCAUCGUCAUCCGUGGCAAAGGACUUACAAAAAGAACAAACUUGCAGCGUGGGAAACAGACGAUAACUAUUGUGAAAAAGUAAAAGACUCCAAAGCGUAUUCUCCACAAUCGUCGAGUAGACUUUUAGAUUUAAUAGAUACUGCUAUUUUUGAUUUUUUAAUGGAUAAUGGUGACCGUCAUCAUUACGAACUAGCACAAAACAAUUUUCAUAAUCCUGCAGUUUUAUUAAUUGAUAAUGGGAAGAGCCUCGGAAAUCCUGAUGUUGAUCAUUUUGAUAUUUUAGCUCCUUUGUAUCAAUGUUGCAUGAUUCACAAAACUACCUGGGAUCGUUUAAAAUUGUUUAGUGGUGGUUCUUUGAGUACAGCUCUUGGAAAGCUCGUCGCUCACGAAUCGGUAACGGCGGGUGUUGAUCCUCUCAUUACAGAAGCCCAUUUAGGUGCGAUGGAUAGGAGAAUGCUUACUAUUUAUGCAGUUGUAGAGUAUUGUUUGAAAAGUAAAACGUAUGCUUCCAAUGUUAUUCUAGACCAUCGGUAG